AUGGCGAAGGCUGCCAGCAUCAAGCCUCCAAGGACGUGGCGCCCUAGGCAAGACGGUUAUCCCCAUGGAGUGAUGACCGUUUCGGUCGAGCCAAAGGCCGCAGCCCCGGAGAAAACGGAUGAGGGACCACUCGGCCAUCGACUGUACGGCAUGACCCCUGAGAACCGUGAAAUCGUGGAGUUGGCUCUCAAAACGCUAAGGCAGAGAGGCUCCUCAUUACCGGUGGAUCCGACUAGGUCGUAUACCAGGCAAACCGAGAGGCCAGAGCAAGAGGGAUGCCAGGAAAGGGCCCGGUUAAGCCAUCUGGACGACUACUUAACGGCCAGGGAUGCGUUAGCUAAGGCUAGACAAGCCCUCGAGGAGGAGGUCGCGGCCUUAAACCCCCAUAAGAUCAAAGCGUCCACAGACGAUACCCCUGGGACUGCAAGGCCUAUGGUCGAAGGCCCCAGCGACCUUUUCUUUGGACAUGAGGUUGAGGACGACUUCACGUUGGGAAUCUCUGAUGAGGAAUACGAGGGGAUCCUCGACAUGGUUGAGGAAAAAACCCUUGCCAGUGGCGGCUGUGAGGCCAAAGAGGAAGCUGGUGGGGGAAACCAGCAGGAGCUAAAGGAGGUUAGCAUGAAUAUGGUCUUGGUGCUACCGUCCGAGUUUUCAGCCCCAAGAGGCCAAACCAAUGGCCUGGAUAAUGACGUGGCCGAGGAGCAGCUUGAUCAAAGGCCAAAAACAAAGGAGGAGUUGUUGGCCGUGGCUUUUAACGAGGUAAUACCUAGAGACGAGCCAAACAAAUACCGACACCUCAAGCCGUUGUACAUCUCGGCCCAUGUAGAGGGUGUGCCCGUGUCCAUUGUUUUCGUUGACUGUGGGGCGACGGUCAACAUCCUUCCCUAUUCCCUGAUGAAGAAGCUAGAUAAGUCAAAGGAGGACCUCAUCCCCAGUGACGUGGUCAUGAGCAGCUUUGUCCGCAAUAAAUCUAAGACCAUUGGGGUAUUGCCGUUAAAAAUCACCGUGGCCGACCAGACAAGAGUCGCGGCCUUCUCUUCGUAG